AGAAACCGGUGAGUUUCUUUGCCCUCCUCUCUGCAUUCACCCCCAGGUCAUUCAGCCUCCGCCGAGGCAGACCAUUCACCGGAGGUAGAGGGGAAACGCGCAACAGCCAUGGCCUCGCUCCGCAUCCUUUCAGUGAUCGCCGUGGUCGCCAUCUUUGCCCUCGCCGGCACCGCCGUCGCCAAUGACCUCCCCGACUACAUUGUUCAGGGACGGGUCUACUGCGACACGUGCCGUGCCGGGUUCGAGACAAAUGUCACCGAGUACAUCAAGGGUGCCAAGGUGAGGCUGGAGUGCAAGCGCUUCGGCACUGAGAAAGUUGAGCGCUCCAUCGACGGCGUAACCGACGAGAAGGGCACUUACAAAAUCGAGCUCAAGGACAGCCAUCCGGAGGAUAUCUGCGAGAUGGUUCUUGUCCAGAGCCCCCUCCCAAACUGCAACGAGGUUCAGGCUCUCAGGGACCGCGCCGAGAUAGUCCUCAGCAGGAACGUUGGCAUCAGCGACAACAUCCGCAUGGCCAACCCGCUCGGCUACCUCAAGGACAAGCCACUGCCCGCCUGCCCUGACCUGCUCAAAACGUUCAACCUUACUACUGAUGAUGAUCACUGAGCAGAGCAGGCAGACCGCCAACAUGGUACCACUGGAGAGGCUGCUGCACCACACCAAUAAAUCUGUUAUCUGGCAUGCAAAUAGCAUGGUUGUAUCAGCAGAGUACAGCAUCAAUGCGUAGCUGUCUCUAAUGCUACUUACAGCCUUGUGAUGUACCAGAUCUUGCCAUCGAUUCUUCUUCUGCAAGCUGUAACAAAUCUUGUCAACAAAAGUCACCAUCCACCUAACCUGAUAAGAACAAUGCCAUUUCAUUUC